CAGCAACACACAAGCGCCGAGACUGUCACUGAGACAAGCAGACCACCAUCGCUUCUAAAUAUUUGUUUUUUGUCACUUCAAAAUGAUCGUUCUACAGUCUGUUCCCGAUGGUUUUGGGGAAGCAGUGACCUACCUCAACUCCAUGCCUCAAGAUGUAGUAGCUGAAGUUUGCCAGGAGGUGCUUGCAUUCCUUACCUACAAGAAAGGAAGCUUAGAAGUUGCUCCAUUUGUACCUAAAUUAGAAGCAGCAGGUUUGGAGGCUAGUAUCGAGUCAAUGAGAGGUGCUGCUAAUGCAUUGUCAUAUUUGUUCAGGUCAGCAGCUAAGGCUAAAAUAUCAGCUGAUGAGCUAAGUAAAGAAUUGAGCAGUAGUCUUGCUUGGUCAGACUCCAACAUUGCAGCUAUAAAACACAUAUGGAACCAGCAGGGAAGGACAUUAAUGACCCCGGAGUUGGCCGACUCUGUCCUGGGUGUCGGCAAGUUGGUGGAACUCAAAUGGAAGCUGGGUGUGGCCAUGAGCUCCAACAACUGUAGAAACCUCAACUCGCCAUUCAUAACCGUCAGUCUAAAGGUCGCCGACCCCACAGGCCAGGUUCAAGAGAGGUCAUUUGAAAUGACGGUGCCACAGUUUAGGAAUUUCUCCAAGCAGCUUAAGGACAUGGCAGCCAUAUUAGAGACUGUAUGAGGACAUUUAUAAACACAUGAUGCAACUCUAAUAGAUAUAGACAUUUAUUGAGAGAGAGGAAGAGUGAGAAAGAGAGAUUUAGGGGGGUGGGAGAUAUGGAGUAUAAAAUUUAUAUUGUCACUGGGCUGUUAAACCUCAAAAUGUAGAAAUUUUGAGGACGGCUUAGAAAAGCUUAGAUUUGACGUAAAUGGCAACCUUCUUUUGCCUUGUAAGAGUCCUGUACAGGAAUUAUGAGACUAUUUACAGACAAUAUCAGGUCACCCUACUAUUGCCAUAUUCAUAAAAUUCUACAGCUCUUUCUGAGCUGCCUCAAUUUUGUUUUUAGUUUGAGAUGUAUGUUUAGAAGACGGUGUACUGUACAGUCCAGUACUGUACCCAUACAGGUAAAUAGAUCCAACUUACCACCGCAUAUAAAUCAAGUUAUUAAUGGCAGUAAAAACUGGUAUGUAUUUGUGACCAACAAGACAUUGAUAUUACCCAUGAAUACAAGGUACACAAGUACAAUACAGGCAUGAUAUUUCCCUCUGAAAAAAAAUCUGAAAAAUAGCCAAGGUCAGGCUAAGUCACAGACGAAGUCUGAGGCGCCCUGGUCGGUGUUAUAAGCUCUUGCAUAGUAAAGAAAUUGAAAGUAUCUUGGGCAAAAGAUUUCAUGUAAAAGAAAAAAAAAAUUCAGAAUUCCUAUUCAAGUCGGGAGAAUAUCAUGCCUGGUUCACGUACAUGUAUAUCAUAUGUGCUAGUGAGAUAAUUUGGUGUCUGUAAGUAUCUUAAUGAGUGAAGAUGAUGCUAAUUUGUAUGAAGGAAUCGGGGAAGCCUUUCACAAAGCAACUUGGGUGUAAUUUUCACCCACAACUGUUAUAAGCUUCUAAUAUCCUUGCUUUUGAUUGACCGAGAGCAAAGUUAUCAGCAAAAAAAAAAAUUGAUGUUUCAUUUUAUGCUUACCAGAUCACCGAAGAUAAAAUCUCUGUGUGAGGUGGGUGGUAGAUAUCAUAUUUCAUAUUUUCUAUUCAUCUAAGAUAUUAUUACUUUAGAACUGUUUUAUUAUUUUAGGAGUUAGAUCAUUCCUGCAAAGCAGUAUGCAUCUCGAGUUCAUGUAUUGUAGUACUUAUGGAAUCCUGCUAUAAUAAAAAAGUUUCAAACUUUGAAAAAAUAUUAAAGAUAUUUCAGACAAAUGUGCAUCCUGUUAAAGCCCUCCAGAAUAUAUGAUUAGAUUAGAGCUUUAUUUUGAUAAAAUGAAAUGAAAAAUUAUUGGCGCUUCUAAGGUGCUUAAAACCAAGUGUGAGCUGUUAAUCUUUUCGGUGCUGGUAAAUAUGUAAUAUGAUUUUGAUAUCCAUACAAAGUAAAGGUGACCCUUACUCCCUUCACUUUGUCACUUAAGACUUGGGUGCUUUCAUAAAAUAAUCAACCUCUUUUUGUGGAUCUCAAUUUUUCCUGUCCUAACUUAAGAUGAAUAUUUAUU